UCUAACGAACGGGCGCUCCAAUCAAAACAGCCUGUGACGUCACAGCAUCGAGCAGCCGGGGAGACGGCAUCCAAAGGCGGACUCACUUAUCGGAGCUUUUUUUUUUUUUUUUUCACCCGGUAAUACUGCCUUCGGUGGCGCGGAGUUCCGUGCUAUGGCGUGUUGAACGGCAGCGCGGCAGGAAUGCUGACGAUACACGGUUGGUACACGUCACGUUUGUACGGCGAGCUCUUUUUUUUUUAAAUGGUGUGCGAGCGUCAACGCAGCAUUUGCUAGUGUGUGUGAACUGUCUUUGCGCAAUGAUAUCACUGCGACCUACUAUUUAUCUUUGCUGAUUAUGAUGGCGUGUUUACAUGUUAAAUCCGGUGUGACACUGUAGUGCUGUAAAAAGGUGAUCGGAUUAAAACCGAAUUAGUUCUGAUCUAGGUUUAGGCUGCACAAAGACUCUUUGCCUAAUUGGAUACAAAGCUUUUUGACUCAUUAGAUCCAAGGGAUGCUGUGCAGCGAAAGAGUCCAUGGACGGAACCAGCAGGUGGCGAGAACGAAUGGCGUCCCAAACGCCGCCUUCUGCGAGCGAUGAGGAUAAGCAGCCACGUUCUCCCGCCGAAAGCCUCUCGGGUGUCCCGCACGUCCGCAAGCCCGGAGAAUCCACAGAAGGAGACGGUCCCCGGAACCCGGCCCGGGGCUGCAAAGCCCGGUGCCAUCCGGCGGCGAGGACGGCACAGGUCAAACUGCGUCCCCUCGGGCAGGAGAAGGUGCGUGUGUGCUGUGACCAGGAAUUGGAGACGUCGUUUACCUACGUCGAUGAAAAUGUCAACUUGAGACUCGCCAGCCCGGAGACCAGUCAGAAAAGUUCUCAUCGAACCGCGUGCAACGGCGAGCCGUGCUCUGAAACGCUCCCGGAAUUUUCUUUCAUGUCCGAGGAUGAUUUGUCCUUUGGAGAGUCCUCCGGGUCCUCAGUGGACUACUGGUUUAUCAGUGCGGUCACGUUUUUGGUGACCGGCAUCUCCUUGGUGAUCAUCUCCUACGCCGUGCCCAGGGAUGUGGUGGUGCAAGACCGGGACAGUGUCUCGGCGAGGGAGAUGGAGAGGCUGGAGCUGGAGAGUGCUCGGAUCGGAGCUCACCUGGACAGGUGCGUCAUAGCGGGGCUGUGCCUCCUGACUCUGGGCGGGGUCGUGUUGUCCACGCUGCUCAUGAUCUCCAUCUGGAAAGGAGAGAUGUACAGGAGGAAAGUCAUCGCCUAUUCCAAACGUUCAGCCAAACUGUACGGCUCCAUCAGCUUGAAAACUAAAUCCAGUCCCAGUCACUCCUCGACACAAUUGUCCCUGGACGACAUCGUGGACAGUUUGAACUAGGCACGGACACGUACAGUUUAUGUUCCAAGUUCAUCAACAUUGUGCAACCUGUUAGCUUAUGCCAGGGGUCGGCAACCCAAAAUGUUGAAAGAGCCAUAUUGGAGCAAAAAUACAAAAACAAAUCUGUCUGGAGCCGCAACAAAUUAGAAGCCAUAUUACAUACAGAUAGUGUGUCAUGAGAUAUACAUUGAAUUGAGAUGACUUAAAGGGAACUAAAUGAGCUCAAAUAUAGCUACAAACGAGGCAUAAUGAUGCAAUAUGUACAUAUAGCUAGCCUAAAUAGCAUGUUAGCAUCGAUUAGCUUGCAGUCAUGCAGUGACCAAAUAUGUCUGAUUAGCACUCCACAUAAGUCAAUAACAUCAACAAAACUCACCUUUGUGCAUUCACGCACGUUAAAAGUGUGGUGGACAAAAUGAGACAGAAAAAGAAGUGGCAUAAAACACGUCCUAGAAAGUCGGAGAAAGUUAUACAUGGACACAAACUAAGGUGAGUUCAAGGACCGCCAAAAUUAGUAGGACAAAACGGCGCUCGCCAAAUACUCGAAUCAGUGAAGCAUGUUUAAUAUAAACAGUGUGCUUUAUAACAAUUAGGGAGGUUUAUGUCAUGUUUGUCCUCCUACAGAAACCAUAUUAAAACAAAAAAUGUAUUUUUUUUCCCCCUCAUCUUUUUCCAUUUUUCAUACAUUUUUGAAAAAGCUUCAGAGAGCCACUAGGGCGGCGCUAAAGAGCCGCAUGCGGCUCUAGAGCCGCGGGUUGCCGACCCCUGGCUUAUGCUGUACACUCUCAGAAAAAAGGGUGUCAUUAUUUGGUCUCAUAGUUACCCUUAUUAUGAUAGUCCAUCCUUUAAUUGGGACAAAACAUUUUAGCAUAGUUGUGACAAAUUAGGGAUGGAUACCAAAUUUGUCCAUUAGCACUACCUGGUACUGAUUCACAUAAAAUAAACGCUGCCAUAUUUCGAUACCUUUGUUACACCCGACGUCACGUCCAGUUUCAACCACGGGAGUGGCUCAAACACUCGGCCGGUAAACAAGCAGUCAAACACUAAGAGUGGACUCAGCAAGGCUGCCUUUAAUGUUACAUGUUUCCAUGCCAACAAAGGAAGAAGAAGGCACUCAAAAGUACAGUCAGGCUCAACUUUUCAAAAGGCACUAGCUCGGUGCUAAUUUACAUUACAUUUGCCAUAGAAAUGCUAAAGCAUUAGCGGUUUAACAAGCAUUUUCCAUACCUCUAAAUCUUGUAAUGAAAACUACAACUAAGAUGCACGUUACGAUCAAACAGCUGGUGUGUAAAAAGUACAGUACUUACAAACACUUUGUAAGUGGACUCAACAAAAGAAAAAAAAAAGGCUCAUUCAAUGUAAAGGCAAAGACUACUCUCUGGCUAAGGAAACUUGCCGCAUUAUAUACACUACUGCCAUCUAACGUCUUGGAAUUGCAACUGCAUGCCAAGUCUACGAUAUAAUACAGUACAAUACUUGCAAAUGAGACGCAGACGUGCAAGAAAACAAGAUAUCAAACAUUUGAACACACACUAAAUGACUUAAAUGACUUGAAGUUGGUUUAUCGGUUAAAUGUAAAAAGUGACCCAUCCCUAAACGCAACAGAAUGCAAUUUAGUAGAAUGCAUAUACUGUAGGUCCAGAAGUUUUUGGAAGAUGGCAGAUAAAAUACUGCAGUAUAUCACAACACGUACACCAGACUGCUACUUUAUAUUUUUUUCAUAUCUGAUAUGCAUUAGAUCUGUUUCAUAAUCUUACAAAUGUAACAAUGUUUAGCAAGCAUGGUGUUUUUAUUUCCUUGCUACUCUUUUUCCAUUACCAUGGUAGCGCAUCCAUGGGUUAUUUUUAUUUAGGAUACACUCACCGGAAGUACUGCUUGGAACCGUGGAGUUUAAUAAUUAGCCAUUUUGUAUACAUUGUGCCAGGCCUGGCCCUAACCAAUCUGGCGCCCUAGGCAAGAUUUUAGGUGGCGCCCCCCCCCCCCCCCCCCACAUCGGCAGUGAAGUGUAUAUACUCACAAGAAACCGAAUAGCUUUGUCUUUGACCUUUUUUUUUUUACUUAAAGAAAGCAAAUUAACAUAUUAUAUGAGAAUGUUAUGUUAUGAUUAUCUUUAACCGAAUCACAGCAGUGCUCGAAUUAAAAAACAGCAUUCCCUCUCAUGUGAUAUUGCUUAAUUAACAUUAAUGAUGUGCACUUUAAUAACUAGGCUUACAACUAUACCUAAUAUAUAAAGGGGUGGAAAAGUGACUAUUACCUGCAGGGCAAACAUUAGCUAACUAGAAGGCAAUAACAAUGUAAACAAAAAACACCUGCUUAAAAGAUCUAAUACAAAUGUCCCUGAGGAAUGUAAGGUGGGAGUACUGUAAUUACCUAACGUUACAUUAUUAUUUUCCAUAACAAUUUAGCCCCCUCCACAAUAUUAACCCGACGUUAAAACAGAACUAGCUAUUUAUUGAUUAGCAAUUGCCGAAUCAUGUAACAUUAGCUUAAUGCUAAAAAGCCAGGUUACUAUCACCUGACAGUUUUGGCCGUUUUGACAUCUUGUGUUGAUUUUUUGAUGUGGUAAGAGUCAUGAUAAGGGAAGGGAGGGGGCGCACUG